CAUUCCACCCUAAUAAAAUGCAAGGAGUAAAGAGAAGGUAGCAGUUAGAUUGAAGCAUAAGAAAACAUAAGUACAUCAUACCACACUUGUCGGCAGCUUAGCUUUGCUUGAUCAUAACCUCUACAUACACCAACCAACUUCAUCACCAGUUAGCUCUGUUUGUAAAACAACUAACUGGGUAGGAUCAGAAAGAACCAAAGCAACAAAUUAAACUGUUUGCUUUUUGUUUAUUAUUGUAAAGUUUUGGUUUUUACAAAAGACUAGAUUCAAUGUUGGUCCAAAAUCGAGCAAGCCCAAAACAAGAAUCACCAAAACUACCAACCCAUCAUCCAAAUCGCUCCUCACCAUCAAAAUCUCUUGAUUUUUCCACAUGGGUCUCUGAUAAUCUGUACAAAAUCUUUGCGAUUGCUCUGUUAAUUGUUACUGUUGCAGCCCUUUUCUUUCUGAGGAAUGUUGGUGACUCAGCUGCACUUUUGUGCUUUCAAUCUCAGUCCAAGGCUCUUGAAACUGUGCAUUUUCCUCAAAUUGAUUGGAGUAAUAUACAAACAGUGGCUGAUACAACAACCCCUUUUGCUAAUUUCAGAUCAGACAAGUGGAUUCUUGUGUCUGUUGUGAAUUACCCUUCUGAUUCGCUUCGAAAUCUUGCGAAGAUCCAGGGCUGGCAAGUGUUGGCAAUUGGGAGUUCCAAGACUCCUGAUGAUUGGUUCUUGAAAGGUACCAUCUUUCUUUCUGUUGAGCAGCAAGUUAAGUUAGGGUAUAGGGUUGUUGAUUAUUUGCCUUAUGAUUCUUAUGUUAGAAAGUCUGUUGGGUAUUUGUUUGCGAUUCAACAUGGUGCGAAAAAGAUUUUUGAUGCGGAUGAUCGUGGUGAUGUCAUUGAUAAUGAUAUUGGGAAGCAUUUUGAUGUGGAGUUAGUUGGUGAAAGCGCGAGGCAAGAGGUUAUUUUGCAGUAUAGUCAUGAAAAUGUGAAUAGGACUGUUGUGAAUCCGUAUAUUCAUUUCGGGCAAAGGUCAGUCUGGCCUAGGGGAAUGCCGUUGGAGAAUGUAGGUGAGAUUGGUCAUGAAGAGUAUUAUACGGAAGUGUUUGGUGGUAAACAGUUUAUUCAACAGGGCAUAUCUAAUGGGCUUCCUGAUGUUGAUUCGGUUUUUUAUUUUACAAGGAAGCCUGGUUUGGAAGGUUUUGACAUUAGGUUUGAUGAUCGUGCUCCGAAAGUGGCAUUGCCACAAGGUGUUAUGGUGCCUGUCAAUUCUUUUAAUACUAUCUACCAUUCAUCGGCAUUUUGGGGAUUGAUGCUUCCUGUUUCAGUUAGUUCAAUGGCUUCUGAUAUAUUAAGGGGUUAUUGGGGACAGAGGCUUUUGUGGGAAAUUGGUGGGUAUGUUGCUGUUUAUCCUCCAACUGUUCAUCGUUAUGACAGAAUUGAAGCUUAUCCGUUUUCUGAAGAGAAAGAUCUUCAUGUAAAUGUUGGUCGUCUAAUUACUUUUUUGGUCUCUUGGAGAUCGAAUAAGCAUAGAUUAUUUGAAAAAAUAUUGGAGUUGAGUUUUGCCAUGGCCGAGGAAGGGUUUUGGACUGAGAAAGAUGUAAAGUUUACUGCAGCUUGGCUCCAAGACUUGAUUGCUGUUGGGUACCAGCAGCCAAGGCUCAUGUCACUUGAAUUGGAUAGACCACGAGCAAAUAUUGGCCAUGGAGAUCGAAAGGAAUUUAUACCUCAAAAGUUACCGUCUGUUCAUCUUGGGGUUGAAGAAAUUGGAACAGUGAAUUACGAAAUUGGAAACUUAAUUAGGUGGAGAAAGAAUCUUGGGAAUAUGGUUCUUAUAAUGUUCUGCACUGGACCUGUUCAACAUACUGCUUUAGAAUGGAGACUUCUUUAUGGAAGGAUAUUUAAAGCAGUCGUUAUUUUAUCGGAGCAGAAGAAUGUAGACCUUGUUGUUGAAGAAGGCAAGCUUGACCAUGUAUACAAGCAACUUCCAAACAUAUUAAAUAGAUUUACAAGUGCAGACGGGUUCUUGUUCCUCCAAGAUAACACUAUUCUGAACUACUGGAACUUAAUGCAAGCCGAUAAGAAUAAGCUCUGGAUCCCGAACAAGGUGUCUGAGUCCUGGAGUUCUUUUCAACUUCCCGGAGACUCAGAUUGGUAUGGGAAACAAGCAGAAAUGGUGAAGAAAGUUGUUACCACUAUGCCAGUUCACUUCCAAGUUACUUACAAGGAAUCAAUAAAGAGUGACAUGAGCCUUACACUAUGUAGCUCUGAGGUAUUUUACAUACCUCGUAGAUCUGUAGCUGACUACAUUGAUCUUGUGAAUUUAGUCGGCAAUCUAGAUAUUCAUCAGAAGGUUGCAAUUCCCAUGUUCUUUUUAGCAAUGGACUCACCUGAUAACUUUGACUCUGUCUUUAAUACAAUGGUGUAUAAGCAAAAACAGCCAUCUAAUUCUUCAACAUUAUAUUCUCCGGAAGCACCUGCCGUUCACCCUUGGGAUGUCUCUAGUGAGCAAGACUUCAUAAAGCUUAUUAGAAUAAUGGCAGCUGGUGAUCCCCUUCUAAUGGAGUUGGUUUGAAUGUUGAAUGUUGAACGCAAAUGAUAGAACAUCGACAUUCGUUGCAAACUUGGAUGUAACAGUUGUAAUAGUCUCAAACCAUAGUCUCUGCAUAUUUUUUGUACCAUUUUUGGAAAGCAAGGCAUUAUUUUGUAGAGAAGUCCUGUGUCUAGUUUUCAGAAAUUUACUUCCAAGGGAAACUAAAGGGUCAAGAUGUAUAUUGCCAUUUUGUUACAGUUUAAGUUGUACAUUAAACAUACAGUUGAAAAUUGAGCUUGUUGCGUCGGUUUAUA